AAGAAGAAGAAGAAUAAAGGAGGACAUGAAAAGCAAAGACGGCUGGGAAAAUCAGCAGCAUCAAGUCUAAAAAGCAGAGGAGGAGGAUUGGAUUGGAUCUCCUGAAUUGUAAAUUGUAAGGGUUUGUUGCAGGUUCUCUCACUUUCCUCCUAAUCGCCUUCUUUGCUGCUGAUACAAUGACUCGUGGUAACCAGAGAGAAAAAGAUCGUGAAAGAGCUCAGUCACGCGGCGGCGCCGGUAAGAAGGGUGGCAAGAAUGAUGGCCUCACUCCCGAGCAACGCCGCGAAAGGGAUGCAAAGGCACUUCAAGAGAAGACGGCCAAGAAGGCCUCCGGUGGCGGCCAAACUAUUGGUGGAGGUACCACCACCAACAAAUAACACCCUAUUAUAAUAAUCCCUUAUUACUACUCUUUAUUAUAACUAUAAUAAUAAAUUCAUACUCUCUAUGUCAUGUCUGUUUUUUCAAUCAAUCAAGGAUUCUCAGUUAAGUAUGUUCUCUUGUGUUCGUGGUUUUCUAAUAACGAUUCCUCGUGUGUACUCUUUAUCUUUUUUAAUUGCUACUUCUACUUAUAUUCACACUCUAUUGUGCCAUUAUAGAGUGGUAGUUCGAACAAUGCUUUAAUUGCUAUUUCCAUUACAAUUCAAAAGGAAACCUCUCAUCAA